AGUAACAGUAUACAAUUGUAUUGUACUCAAGAUUAAUGUAUCAUGUUUAUACAUGCCUCAAUUAAUGUCAAUGCUACUAAACUUUGAUAUUUCACAGCAUGAAUUGUAUUAAUCAAUCCAUGGUGGUUCAUAUGUAUGUUUCAGCUUCUCAGUGGAUGGGACCCCAAUAAGAUAAUUCAAGAACAUGGAAUCGAAAAGAGUUUCAUUCCCAAAGGAGCAGCCAAUGAGGAUAUACUCAAGCCUAUGGAAUGCUGAUGACUGGGCAACAAGAGGUGGCAUUGUGAAGACUGAUUGGAGCCAAGCUCCAUUCACAGCAUCAUAUAGGAACUUCAAUGCCAAUGCCUGUGUCCAUUCUGGAGCAUCAUCUUGCACUUCCAACUCUGCCUCCUCCAAUGCCUGGUUCAACCAACAGUUGGAUUCAACAAGCCAAGACAGACUGAGUUGGGUGCAGAACAAUUACAUGAUUUACAAUUACUGCACUGACACCAAUAGAUUUCCACAAGGCCUUCCCCCAGAGUGCCAAGCAUCAUGAUUGAAUUGGUUUUCAUUUGUAUGGAUGUUCAUUCUUUUAUUCUUUGAUACUUGCAAGUUAGUAUAUCUUGAAACUUUUACACUUAAUUUACAUCAUGAUUGUAUGACAAGAAACGGAAAGAAGCCUCACUAAUAUAUCUUGAAUCUUUUACACUUAA